AGAAUCAAUAAGAAGGAUAUUAAGGAAAUCUCUAAAUCCUAUUCUCUCCCAAAUCCUCUCAAUUUCUCUUCUUUCCCUAAUCUGGCUGUCGGCCAUUCUUUCUCGUUCUUCCCCAAAUUCUACUUCUUAAUCCCUAAUUCUAUUCUUCAAAUCCCUAAAUCCCAAUUAUCAAACCCGUUAGAAACCUUGUUUCUAACACAGUCCGCGACUCUAUUCCCUUCACGGUACAUAUGCGUUAUUUGAACCAACCACCCUUGAGCAAGUAACUGACGGAUCAUGUUCAGCAAGGUUGCAUAGAGAUAAACAGAAUCAGUCCGCUCGUGAAUCAAGUCAAUAGCCAUUUGAGAGUCAGAUUCCAGGAUAAGGAAUUCCUUUGCGCCAAGCUAAUUGUAAUCCAUGGUAAUAGCCCAUAAUUCAGCUAACAAGGAGGUACCUAUGCCAAUCUUGCUGCAAAAGCCUCCAAUCCAGUCACCAUAACUAUUGCGAAUCACUCCUCCUGCAAUUGCCAUUCCGGGGUUCGUUUGGGCAGCGCCAUCCGUAUUUAAUUUCUACCAGCCUGGUUUAGGCGCAGACCACCCUAUUAACACCUCUGAACGGGGCAUUUGAAGGCAAGAUCAGCACACAAAGAGCCGGACUCCCAAGCCUGUCUCCAGUCUUUCGCCUUGGCAGUCACGUAGUGUUGCAGGGUUGGGUUAGUCAAUUUGAUUCUCUUGAAAACAUGGUCAUUCCUGCUUUUCGGUGCACACUUGAUGAAAUCAAAAAUUAAGAUUCAAUGUAAUUUCAUGAAAAUUUUAAUAAUUCAGAAAAUACUAGACCAAGGUCCAAGGGGACCAAAUGCAUUUAUUGAUUUGAUUUUGGUCCUAAAUUUACAUUCUCCUUCUAUCAUGAUUCAUCUCAAUUUGAUCCAAUUUUAUAUUGAAUUAGAUCAUUCUACACAAGUACUUGCUAUGAUUUGUCAUCUCAUUCGCUGAUGUUGGCCUUCAAGUAACCAAACUCAACUUUAGACAACGUGUGGAAGACAUGAAGUAUCAUAUUGAGCUCAGGAUGUGCUAAAAUGGUAAAAGCCACAAUCCAUACUUGCAGACGAGAUCAAACAUCCUAAAUUACACUAGGAUCAGGAUGUUUUAAGCGAUGAGGAUUAGCACAGGCACCGGCCGGAUUUGUUUUGUUGGGUUUUACACAAAACAUCAAAGCUGAAUUUAUUUAUUAUUGUAAUGCAAGUAAUGAUAAAUGUAAUUAACGAAUUCAUUAUAUAAAUUAAUUGGGUUCAUUCAACCUUUCGGGGAAGCCAUGGGGCGCCUGCAAAAAGGAUCAGUUGACUUCCAUUAUUUCGAGUUGUUACAUUUUCGUCAAUGGUUAAUUACUACAUACAUGGGUUCUGAAACCUGAAACUAGAUCCAUCCAUCUCUCUACCUCUCUAUCUAUCCCCAUCGUUAGGUUGAGAAAAAGCCUGUAAGCUUCGAAGUCAAAGAGGGCAGGAAUCAAGAAGGAUGAACGAGAAGAUGACCGCGGCGGUGAUCGGAGUGAUAGGGGCGGUGAUGACGCUGGGAGCUUAUUCGCAGAGCAUGGUGUCUCCAAGCAGCUGCAUCGGAGCUGCUCUUUGUGUUCUCAUGUAUGGAUUGCUUGUCGGUGAAGGUUUCAUCCCUAAUCCUCUCGAAACCAACUCCAUCGACUCAGCAACAACAACCUCCGUCGUCAAACCCAAAGCUAACUGAUCUCUCUGCUUUUGCUAGGUCAUACGUUAAUCAUUGUCUCUUCUUUACUAAUUACCUCAAGCGUGUACUAUGUAUGACAGGUCUCUGUUUAUUAAUUUCCAAACGGUCUUCUGUUAAACUUCCAAUUUGCUUCCAUAUUUCCUGCUUGUGUAUUGCCGUUGUAGCAUCCAAUUUUGAGCUUCAUGACUUGGACAUUGGCGUUCUUGAUCUUCCUGCAAAUUCAUACUUCGUUAUAGUGUCCUUCAGUCAAUAAUAUAUAUGAGCAACAGAUUAAGAAAAGCUGAGUGUCGUGUGUACGUGGCUAUGUAAGCAUGAAAACAGAAGCUCGAUCUUCGUUGUUUGUUUGUUCGUUCCUGUUUAGGCAUGGAUGAACGAUAUGCAAAUGGCAUCAAUGUAACGAUUAAUGAUUAUAAAUCGACGUUGAUCGCGGAGUAUGAAUGGCCAUCGGAGAAACUAGCAUGAGAGAAGAAGGGAGUGGAGUAGCCAGAGAUGGCUUGCCGGCCGGUCUUCAUUUCCCGACUAAUGCAUAUAUAUGUACUGCCGGCAAGUCAUCCUUGGCUGCACCACAUUGAUAAAACUCCCUCAUUCCCACAUGCAAGCAUCUACGAUGAUGAUGAUGAUGAUGAUUGGAAGCAAAAACGGGUAGAGGGCCAUUUGGAUGAAUGAAUGUGUAUGUGCAUGAAUGGUUACCUUCAGCUCAGUUCAUUCUACUUAUAAAGAAGCCAUACCCAUGCCCAGAAAUGCUCUCUUCACUUCUGGUUGGUCUUCAUUUAUGAAAACUGUGGAAAGAGAAAGAGCUAAUAAGACAGUUGAUACAGUAGAAGGACGACAGGGAGACAUUAAUGUGGAGGGACUUUCCUUUUCUGUAACAGUAGGCUUCUUAAUAAGAUUGGUGUCCUUUGUCCACUAGGAUUUGCCCCCUGGAAGCUGUGGAGGGCUCAUAUAAAAGCAUAAGCAUCAACUUUUUACGUAGAAGUGACAGUUCCCAGCCUUCUGGAGUUGCAGGCACACAGUCGAUCUAUAGCUCAAAAGUAAAAACUGUGAAAUGAAAGCGCCUCGAAGGCAAAUCACCAUCUCAAACUUCCAUUUAUUGUUGUAUCUGUGCCAAAUCCUUUCAUUUCGAGGAUUUGUUACCAAAUUCAUCAAAUCAUAAGAAGUGUGAUAUGGCCUUUGAGCGAGCAGCUAUCUGGAUUUCUAGUUUUCUACCGUCCUCUUGAGGACAAGUCAGACAUGUAGUAACAUAUGAUUCGAGACCGAAAUAGCUAAUGAUGGUAUUCAAAAAAAGAUGGAGGCUUCAAUUGAUCAUUUACAUACAAUUAGUCAAGAACUAAGAUAACGAAAACGACGACUAUUGAAAGAAGUGUUGAACAGCCGCUUUCCCACACACAAAAAAAGAGGUGCGUACAGCAGAGAGUUGGGUGGCCAAAUUUACUCUUCAAUAGGCAGCCCUGCGUACACAUAUAAAGCCUAUGAAUGACACAGACUGACUGUAUUUCUAGACCAGCUGGACGGCUGGAUAUUGGCAGCAAGUGCAACUACACCUCUAGUGUUGUUACACAUACACCAUGUACUAAGUCUUAACUAAGACUCAUGGUAACUCGCUUUCACUUCGACCUCGAAAGCAAGUCCAUACCUACUACAGCAGUUGAUGCCUGCAAAUUGGAACUCAUCCCUCUAACAAAGGCCAGAGAGAGAUCAACGGACUUAGUUGAGUAGUCCUCCUCAGCUUUCUCAUAUUCCUUGUUAUUUAUAAGACUCGUCUGAUACCAACGACCAAGCAUCCAAAAAGGGAUCCACCUUCGGAACAAGCUAUCUCAUACCCCCGAGCCUCCUAUAUAAUGAUGUUCAAGUACUCCGUCAUGGGAAAGACGAAGCAAAGAGCAAUGAAAUACCCAUAAACAACUCCACACCAUCCUUCCAUUCUUGUAUGAAGC